AUGUGGCAUGCUCUUACAUUAUCGACAAUUUCACUCAUAUUAACUGCGACUCUACCAACCUUAGUUCUCGGCGGGCAGGUUCUCCGUACAUCAAGUUUCACCACAUGUUUGUCGAACACAAAUACGACAGUUCAGCAUCUAGAUAUCAAAUAUAAUGCUGAAGACCGAACAGUUACCUUUAAUGUAACAGGAACCAGUGGAUCCGUACAGAACGUAACAGCCCAGCUCAAUGUUACUGCCUAUGGAAUUGAUGUAUACCACAACACAUUCAACCCAUGCUCCACGAGCACCUUCGUCUCACAAAUCUGUCCUUUACCAGCAGGAACCUUCUCAGCUAACGGUACACAAACAAUACCUGAUCAGUACGCGUCGCAGAUACCGGAUAUUGCAUUCUCAGUUCCCGAUAUUUCUGCUACAGCAACACUACAAUUAAAAUCACUAGACACAGGUGCCGAUAUUGCAUGUGUGCAAGCUGAGGUGAACAACGGGAAAACUGCAGGCGUUCCUGCUAUUUCAUUCGUCGCUGCUGGAAUUGCCGGAGCGGCAUUAGUCGUCACAGGCGCCUCAGCUGGAGCUGCAACUGUUGGAGGAAGCGUAUCCGGUGGUACUGGCACAACAACUCCAUCAUUCACUGAGGUUUUCGGUUGGUUCCAAGGAAUAGCUAUCAAUGGCAUGAUGUCAGUAAAUUACCCGCCCGUAUACCGGGCAUUCGCGAAGAAUUUUGCCUUCAGCACAGGAAUUAUUCCCUGGACAGUAAUGCAGGUAUCUAUCGAUGAUUUCCGAGCAAGGACCGGGGGUGAUUUAUCCCACAACAGCGUUGAGGGUUUACGACAGGACCUUGACGGUACAAGCUCUGCCAAGAUAUCGCGACGAGCUUAUCAAGCCGUACUUAUGACAAGAGACGCCUUUGUGGCUCCUCCCAAGCUCAUGCCAGCAGAAGCUUUAUCAGAUCCUUUAAACACAAAGGUCGAAGUCACCGUUAAGGGUAUUAAAGGAUAUGUGGAGGAGCUAUCUGUUCCCGAAACAAACGUCUUUAUGACUGUCCUAUUAGCUGUGGUGUGCGUAAUUGCUGCUAUAACCGUCGGUAUUCUUCUAUUAAAGGUUGUCCUAGAGGCUUGGGCGGUUUUUGGCUCAUUCCCUAAGGGUCUUGCCGGAUUCAGAGAACACUACUGGGCUACUAUGGCGCGACUAAUCGUUCAACUUAUUCUCGUUCUCUACGGAGUUUGGGUGCUCUACUGUAUAUUUCAAUUUACCCAUGGAGAUUCAUGGGCUGCCAAAACACUUGCCGGGAUUACUCUGAGUAUAUUCACAGGUACACUCGCCUUUUUCACAUUCAAGAUUUGGCAAACUGCAAAAAAACUCAAAGAGACUGAGGGUGAUGCGUCUGGCCUUUAUGAAAAAAAAGAAAACUGGAUUAAGUACAGUAUGUUUUAUGACAGCUACAGUAAAGAUCACUGGUGGCUUUUUCUACCAGCUAUUAUUUACAUGUUUGCUAAGGGCUGUGUUCUUGCCGCAGCUGAUGGUCACGGUCUCACACAAACUCUUGCUCAGUUAUCUAUUGAAUUAUUUAUGCUUAUCAUACUAAUUUGGAAUCGACCUUUUGAGCGUCGAUCUGGAAAUGUGAUGAAUAUAAUUAUCCAACUAGUGCGGGCUCUUUCAGUCGCCUGUAUUCUUGUUUUUGUCGAAGAGCUUGGAAUCUCACAGACUACCCAGACUAUUACAGGUGUAGUACUGAUUGCUGCCCAAUCUAUUCUCACUGGUGUCCUAGCUCUUCUCAUAGCCACAAAUGCCAUUAUCAUGUGCUGCAAACAAAAUCCUCACCGUAAGCGUCGUAAGGAAGCCGGAAAACUGAAUCAAAGUCCAGAUAGUCCACCUCCAUUAGAAAAUGAGAAAUAUUUUACGGACUCGAGUGUAACAGAAGUGAAAACUACCUACAGUAAUGAUCCGCCAAGAUUUUAUCCCGAACCAAUGGCACCAAAUGAUAACCAAUUUUAUCAGGAAUCUAUCUAUUCUAACGCUCGACAAGUACCCGUUCAGCAGUAUAGACCAUAUUCAGGGUUCGAAAAUACGAGCUCUAGGGGUCGAAGAACAGAGAGCCGAGAUGGCUUGCUGGAAAGGAACUUCCAGAUGGCAGCACCGGAUCGGCAGCCCUAUCAGCAAUAUCAGCAAUAUCAAGGACGAUAUUGA